AUGGACGAUUUAACAUCAAUAUUGCUGCUUCUUGAACUGCAGCAUGAGUUUAGCGGCCUCAAAAUUCCCGGUCGACUAGCAAAGUAUGGACCUCCAUUUAAGCCUAAGGAAGAAUUUUUGGAUGCGGAUGUCUCUCCAGUGAUGACAUUUAUCGUACAAAGUUGUGUAUUUACACCUACACUUCCAGGCGUGAACAAGGUGCCAGAUGAGUUUUGGAGUGGAGAACUUCAGCCUUUAUUGGAAAAAAUUGGUAAACAUAACCUUUCAGAUUCGUAUGACCAUGGUCGGGUUAGCAAGCGAAAAAUGAUUGGGUUUGCCGUAAUCGUUGUCUUACACGUACUGGCUAAAGGGCUUAUGGGAAAGGCUCCUAUGGAUCCUGAAAACAACAGGCAGGAUGACAAUAUAGCAGGGACUGAUUCAUCCCAUUCAAGUUCGAAAACUUCACCCAAGGUUAGGAAUUCGUUACCUACUGAAAGCAAUGAUAUAAAUGGGGUGCAGAAGAGUCUCGCAAAUGUAAGGCUCAAUGAAAAUUUGAAAGCGAUUAAAUAUCCUUCUAAAAAGCGACUGAAAGAAGCAUACUCCCUUUUUGUUUAUGGCGAUGGUUUGGAUGAAAUUAUCCGCCUCCUUGGCGAAUCUGAAGACAUAAGCAACUGGGGCGAACCCCUAAAUUCUCUAGCUGAGAAUAUUCGCUAUACGAUUGCGUCUCUUUUACAUUUUGUUUUUGUCACCGUGGACAGAACUCCGCAAUCACCUCACCUUGCAAAUGAUGGAAAGGGACCAGAAGGCAUCGUUGAGCGCAUAUAUAACCGUGUUCCAUGGUUUUUGACCCGUCAGGUUCUACGCGUAGGAAAUGCCGGGCUUUUAAUGUCAGGGCUUACUCGACUAUUUUUGAUGAAACCUCUCUCAUGGUUCGGCGAAAGCCGCAAUUUGCUUCAGACAAUGCUUUCUGGAAUUUUUAGCGCUGAUUUGGAACACACCGAUAAUGUUUUGAAAGGAAUCGACACAAAUUUUGCUGAUGAUCCGAAGUGGACUCAAAUGAGAGAAGCACUUCAAUGGUAUGCGCAACUCUCAAGAAUUCGUCAAGAUGAAGUUCGCGACCAAAGUAUCCAACAAAAAUUAAAUAUAACCGUCGCAAUUCUAAAGGAAUAUCAGAUUGAAAAGAAACUAAAUGCUGAUGUUGCUGGCUCUGCAGAAGAAAAAGCUACUUCGGAAACCAAUGUUGAUUCUUCUGAAGUAUAUACUGUUUCCUUAUCUAGUGAUGGUGAAAAAGAUAGUCAUAAAUUCGAUCCCUUUUCAGACAUUGGGGUCCAAACGGCGAUGAAGUAUUUUGAUGCUGUUUUGACUCACCGUGAUCGUGAAUGUCUUAUUCAUGAUUUAUGUGAAGACAAUCAGUUGACUGAUAUAGUAAGAGAGGUUAUGAGCUGUUUUUACACGAUUAUAUAUGAUGCUCACCAAGCUGCGGAUUUUUCGCGGGCGAUCUAUGACUUCCAGUGCUUUUUAUACGAUCUUAUCCAACUCUCAAAGGCUGCCGCUCCUUUGUCGAGCUUUGUUGAGCUGGUGGAGAAAUAUCAAAGUUGCUUUCUUCGGUUUGUCCAUCGUUUGAUAGUUAAUGCUCCCGAUUUAUGUGCUCAAUGGUGUGUUUGGUACCGCCAUUGCUUAGAUGAGUGUAACAUCAAAUCCCAAUCGCCUGAUACUGUCAAGGCCACUCAAGAUGCAUUAAAUUCUUUGGAUGAUGAUACAAAACAGAAGGUUUUGCAUGAAAUUGAAACUUACAUUAAUGAUCUGGAAAAAGAAAAGGAAGUUACAAUUGAAAAGAAUGAAUGUACUAGCGAAUGGCACUUUCAUUUGGCCAAACUUUUUGGAUCUGCCAUCAUUACUCCAACUAAAGCCAAAGGUUCUCCUCAACCGCAACUACCGGAGUGUAAUAUCAAUUUAACAAUGACUAGAAAACAUCUGUUGGCUCCUUUUCGUAAAUGUCUCAUGCAACAAUUGGAUACAUUAUACGAAGAAAAGGAAAGUAAGGGUUCUAAAGAUUAA